GCGCGUUUCCCUUCCGCGUGCAACAAAAAGAAAGCGAGCCAGCCAGCCAAGAGCUCGCGAUCGCUCCUCCAGACCACCUCGCCGAGCGCCUCCGGCCCCCCCGAGCGGCGAUGCUCGGGCGCCCGAACGGGAAGAGAAACCCCCUCGCCGGAUUCUGAGCGCUCCCUGCUCCACGACGGAUCUGGCAAAGCCUGGCGCGCAGCGCAGACGCGGGACGGGGCGCGCGAUCCAGCCUCCGCAGCCCUAGCGACGGCGAGGGGGGCGUUGCGAGCCUGCCGCUGGAUGAAUCAGCUCCACCCCACCCCCUGCAGAGUCUCCGGAGCCAGAUUUCUCGGCAGGAUCACUUCCCGCCCCCACUGCUUAAGUGGAGCUGCCGGUGGAGCGCAGGGAGCCUGGAGGGGUGGCGAGGAGGGCAACCUGUCCGUCUGCCCGCCUCCCUCUCUUAACUGUUGUAACUUGGCAAAGAGGUUUCCCACCUCAUCGUCCCUGCAGCCAGCCAGCAACUUUAGAGGGGAGGUGGGCGAGGAAGCGGGGAGGGGGGAGUUCAUUAAUGUUGGACAUCAUCGGGGCUGAGUUUGGAGAGUCAGCUCGGGAGUGGACAGAGAAGGCUUUAAAGCGUCGCGAACGGGGAGAUAUUCCAUUUGGAAGAGGAAUCCGUCCUCGCUCUUUUUUUAAAAAGUAAAGACUUUGUGCUAAGCAGCAAGGCGUCCCAAUGCAACGGCUUGAGCAUCUCCUCUGUUACGUUGCAAUCUGCGCCAGCUUUUGCAACCGACCGGGCUCCAGCGCCGGCGCCCAGAGCGGAUCUAUCCGAGCCUUGCGCGCUUCGAACCUGCGGAGAGAUGAGAGCAAUCACCUCACAGCUUUGUACCGGAAGGAAGAGACCAUCCGCAUCUUGCGCAGUGGCGAGAUCCACAGCCCUCGUUUUCCUCACAACUAUCCCAGGAACCUGUUACUGACGUGGAGGCUGCUUUCGCCAGAGAAUGCAAGGAUACAGCUGGUGUUUGAUAACCAAUUUGGUCUGGAGGAGCCAGAGAAUGAUAUCUGCAGAUACGACUUUGUAGAAGUGGAAGAUAUAUCCGAAAUCAGCACGCUCAUCCGAGGACGGUGGUGUGGGUACAAGGAAGCUCCUCCGAGAAUCACGUCAAAAACAAACCAGCUGAAGAUCACCUUCAAGUCGGAUGACUUCUUUGUGGCUAAGCCUGGAUUCAAGAUUUAUUAUUCCCUGGUGGAUGAUCUCCAGCCUGCUGCAGCUGAAACCAACUGGGAAUCAGUCACAAGCCCCGUCUUGGGCGUUUCCUAUCACUCUGCGUCAGUGACCGACCCUACUCUUACGGCAGAAGCUCUGGAUCAAACCGUUGCUGGGUUUGACACCGUGGAGGAACUCCUCAAGCACUUUAACCCAGACACGUGGCAAGAAGAUCUCGAAAGUCUGUACACAGAUACUGCCCCACAUCGAGGUAGAAGUUUCUAUGAAAGGAAAUCGAAAGUUGACUUGGAUAGGUUGAAUGACGAUGUGAAGCGAUACAGCUGCACUCCAAGGAAUUAUUCUGUCAACAUAAGGGAGGAACUGAAGCAAACCAAUGUUGUUUUCUUUCCACGCUGCCUUCUCGUCCAGCGCUGUGGGGGGAACUGUGGCUGUGGGUUCACGAACUGGAAAUCUUGCACAUGUACAGCAGGAAAAUUGGUGAAAAAAUAUCAUGAGGUGUUGAGGUUCAUCCCUGAAGCAGGUCACAUCAGGCGGAGGGGCAGAACCAAGAACAACAUGGCGCUGAUCGAUAUUCAACUGGAGCACCAUGAGCGUUGCGAUUGUGUCUGCAGUGCAAGGCCACCUCGAUAAAAAGAGACCAUGCCAUCCCGUUUGCAACUUAACAGGACCUCUUUCCCUUGAAGGAGGAGCAGUCUGCAGAAGUUUGCCCAGUGGCCAUUGAACUUUGCUAACAGCCUGGCUUGUAGCUGGUAGAGGCGCCCAUAGCCUCCCAACUCCCAAAGUACUAAGUGCCAUGACAGCUGAUCAUUAAUAAUACUGAUUUAUGGUAUCUGACUUCAAAUAUGGGAUUAAGCAGUAGAAAACAAGAGAAGCCAAAAGCUGAAAUCCUCAGUGCAUGCAGUGAGCAUGAUAGCAGUAUUCUUUUGGCUGAAUUUCCUAGUUGGCUUUAAAAAAUAAUAAUCGAUCAGCCUACAUGUUACACAGUGAGUAGGCAUGCAGGUAUUUAAAUGCUGCUGCACACAGCCCUUUGCGCACACAGCCUAUUGACUUAAGCACACUUAAAAUGUAAAUAAGGGAAAAAUAUUAUGGGCAUACAUGUAUUCCAGAUAGCUAAUCCCAGUUGAUACAUAUUCACCCAGUCCAGCAUAUGUACACCAUGAAGAAACAGUUGCCCACACCUGGAUCCGAUGUAAUGGAUAUAUGUUACAGAACAUUAGUGUUGUAUGGGGGAGCAAGAGGCCACAUCCACCAAUGUAUUUCGCAUACCUUGAUAUAUCCAUUGCAACACAGAGAUCGCCAGAAGCAGAGUAAGCCAUUGCUGGGGCCUGUGCAUAGGCUUCUGCUUGCUCAUAAAGUAUUCUGGAUUAUGUUGAAGCGCUCCCCCAAAGACUCCCCUGAUCCCAAUACAGGUUCAGAUUCCCUAAAAGACUAUGAUGAACAGAAUCAUAUGCAAUGCAUGAAGUCUAUUUUUGAUUGGGCUAACAUCCACCAGUGUGCCAUGUUGUAGCCCAGAGCUGCUAGACAUCUUAAGUUACAUUUAGUGUAGGGAUGAAUGGUUUCUGCAUUGUCAGGAACCGCACUUAUUCUCCAGAUAGUGAUCAGCAUCCUUAAGGUGGUGCUUAGUGGAAUACUCCAUGGUGUUUCUGAAGAAAGUUUGGGAAUCUUCAGCUGUUACUAUUUGGUUCUAGAAUAUUCCUUCCCAUCCCACAAUCCACACGCAUUUCUAGACCUAGACUGAGCUCAUGAGCACAACGCUUUGUCGAAAGACAGUAGCAUACAAAUAGCCUUAACAAUGAGGAAUGCAUGUAUCAAGAUAGGUUCCUCUGUUCCAUGCAGAAUUCUCACCUGGUUGUGUGGAAAAGCACAAUAACUUCCCUUCUUCACCACUUCAUCUCAUCCCUAAUCUGCACCUGUGUUUAAAGUGGAGCACCUUAGAAUGGUCCUUAAUAAUAAUAUGUUUCAUUUGUAUAGUGUUUUGUUUUUCUUAACUGUUCAAAGUGCUUCACAUACAUUAUAUAGCAGCAAUUUAUUCAACAAGCCCAUAAGGUUGUUAUACUUUUGUAAGGCAAAUCAAUAUUAUUAUCCCCCAUAUUGAAACUGGGGGUGAGGCUGAGACUGAGAAACCACUUAUUGGUUUGACCAAGACCAUUUAAGUGAGGGCCCAUCUGCACUAUACUUUAAAAGCACUAUCAUACCACUUUAAACAGUCAUAGCAUCCUCCAAAGAAUCCUGGGAACGGUAUUUUGUUAAAGGUGUUGAGCUUUGUAAAGGGCCCCAAUUCCUCUCCCAGAGCUCCAAUUCCUGGGCUGGUUUAGCAGUCAGUCUCUUUUUGCAGGGACUCGGGGAACUGUAUUCUCUGGGAGGGGAAUAGGCAGUGGCGUAGCAAGGGGGGCAAUGGGGGUGGGUCACCCUGGGUGCCACCCUGGGGGGGGUGACACUCAGUGCCCCCCCACUGGGGAACAUUUUUUUUAUUUUCUGUUGCAUGAGAUUUUUUCAACUGUUCUUAUAUGUUCUUUCAAUGCUGAUUUCAUAUCUGAAGUCAGUUUUGUUCUUUAAGCUCUAGAUUUUUUUUUGCAAUUCAUGUUUUUCACUUUUCACCAGAGCCAGAGCUGCGUGGGGGGGGGGUUGACAAAAAAUUAUGCACCGGGUACCACCUGGGCUUGCUACGCCUUAUAGGUUUCCCCUAAGAACAUAGGGAGAACAUAUAAGAACACAGGAAGAGCCUGCUGGAGCAAACAAAUGGCCCAUCUAAUCCAGCAUCCUGUUCUCACAAUAGCCAACCAGAUGCCUGUGGGAAGCCUUCAAGCAGGAUCCAAGCACAUGAGCCCUCUCCCCUCCUGUGGUCUCCGGCAACUAGUAUUCAAAAGCAUGGCUGCCUCCAGCUGUGGUGGAAGAGCAUAGACAUCAUGGCUGGCAGCCAUUGAUAGCUGCCUCUUCCUCCAUGAGGAGAGUAUCCUCCUAACAACUCUCAGCAUCCCUGGCAAACUACAGUUCCCAUAAUUCUUUGUGGAAAGCCAGGACUGUUUAAGGUGGCAGGCUACUGCUUUAAGUCUAUAGUGUACUUAGGGCUUGAGUUAAUGUCAGAGGUGAGAUUCAAACUGCGGAUCUUCUGAUUCGCAGCUCAGUAUCUUAGCCACUACACUAAACCAGCUCUUCCUGCGUAUGUACGUAUUCAGUGGGCAAGAGUUGAGUUCUACCUUGUCUGUAUUCUUUUAGCUGCAUAUAAAAUGCCACAAUUCUCUCAUUAUAUACUAUAGUGUUAACUGCAUCUAGUAGCUUCCAUGGCCAGGUUUAAACUUUUGGCACUUUGAAAAAAAAGAUCAUGGGACUGAAUUUUUGGUGAGGCAUAUUAAUGCCUUGAGCCUCACCUGAUUCUUGCUGAGCAAUACUGAAUGCUUAUUAUUUUCACAGAAUAUAGAUAUUCAUUUAC